AUGGGUUCCAUACAAGGAGAUCCUCAACGCGCUGCCCGUCUUCUGAAAGUCUUCAGAGAUGUCACCAAGGGUGGGCGAUCCAUUACGACGGCUGCUAAUGCACGCCUUUUCCUCGAGGCCGUCCGCUCGAACCCCUCACCGGUCCAUUGUUUGGAGGCCGUCACCGCCAGCACCGCUGCUAAGGAUGCCCUUCGCUACAGUCUUCGACUCGAUUUAUCUGUGUCCUCUCUUCGGUCCCACGUACUGCCUUUCAUCGAAUAUCUGAGCGAUCCCGGCGUGAGGAUGGUGUACAACGGCGAGCUUUUGCAUCAAAUCCUUCUCCUCAUUGUCCAACCGCCCACGCUGUGGAACAGCCUGAUGAAUCUGUAUCAGGAGUCUCGGCUUGACGAGAACGAUCUUUUCGUGUUUGCUUGGCUUUGCCUGGAGCUUGCGAGCGUUCCUGGAAAGGAGCAUGACGACCUCAUCAAUGAUAUCUCGUCCGUCGUUGAUCAGAAGCCGUUACAGCAGGCCCAAGACCAAAGAACCCGGGAGCUCAUGUAUAGGACGAAAAAGGUCCUAGCGCUCCGAUCUUCGCCAGCCACUGAUCGAGAUGCCGAUGGAGCCGGGGGCCGACAUGACAAUGACUUUGCUGAUUUCCGAGAUGUCUCAAUCUUCCCCACGAGCGAUGAGUUUCACUCGAGUGCCCCUCCCUUCUACCGACGGGCGGCUGAAGUCACGGCAAUCGACGCUUCCGACCGGCCUCGAGCGCACCUCGACAAUCAGUUCCGUCUCUUGCGCGAAGACAUGCUUGGCGAGCUACGCGAGGACUUGACCGUUGCCAUCGGAAAGAAGAAAGGCAGAAGAGGAAUGCCGCAGAUCCUCGCAGGCUUGACUCCCGUUGGCAUUGACACCGGCGACGAGAAGCGAGGCCGCUUUUGUGCUGUUCUUCUCAGCUGCCAGGUGGGUCUGGAGGUUCUGUCCAAGCUGGAUGGUCCUCAGCGGACGAGGUUCUUGAGGGACCAUAAAGGCUUUCUACGCCACCAGUCUUUCGGAGCCUUGUGCAGCAACAGCAAGAUCAUUGCAUUCGCUUCAUUGAUCCGGGACAACGAGCGAUUGGCUGAAGAGCCUCCUGUGAUCACGCUGCAAUUCACCGACAGUGAUGCUCUUGCUAGAGCUCUGCUUGCUUUACAGUCUCCUGCCGAUCUCCGCUUCGUCUUGGUCGACACCCCGAUCUUCGCGUACCAACCGGUGCUGGAGCGACUCCAAGAGAUCGCCGAGAUGCCUCUCGAAAGAGAGCUUCUUUGUCUCAAAAACAACGAUCCUGACGCCUCGCCCACCACGUUGGACCAAUCUGUUCAUAUCGAAAAUUACAUCAGUCAAUUCAAGCAAAUCCUUGAGGGAGCCUCUUCGACGUUCAGCAUGGGCAGUCAGCAGUUUCAACUUGACAAGUCCCAAAUCCGAUCUGUGCUGAGCGCGCUUCAGAGUCCGUUGGCUCUGGUUCAAGGACCUCCCGGUACUGGCAAGUCGUUUGUGGGAGCGCUCGCAGCGAAAAUCCUGCUGAAGGAUCCCAGCAAGCGCAUUCUGGUUUUGAGUUACACCAACCACGCCCUGGAUCAAUUCCUCGAAGACUUGAUGAAUAUUGGCAUCUCGCCUGACACCAUGGUUCGUCUAGGGUCCAAGUUCACGGAGGCAACUGAGAAGCUUCUCCUCGAGAGGCAAGUACGGAACCGCGCUGGUUGGGGUAGACUGCCCUGGGAUAAGAUAAGUCAUGCCAAAGAGAACAUAUCGAAUGCGAGGGCCGAGAUUGACAAGGCCUCUGGAAGUCUUGUGCGAGGCAAGAUAAGUCUUCUGGAGAUUCUAAACUACCUCGAGUUUGAAGAGGACGCCGAGGACUUUUACGAUGCUUUCACGUUGCCUGAGCAGGACGAUGGCUUCCAGCUUGCGGGGAAUUCUCGCCAGCCUCAGAAGGCCAUGUCACCCGACUACUUGCUCGACCGGUGGGCGCGGGGGCUGAAUCCCGGUGAACUCACGCCCCUCAUCUCACCCGAGAGCAGACGUAUUUGGCAGAUUCCGGAGGACCAAAGACGGAAGCACAUGGAUACCUGGAUUGAGAGCCUGCGCGGGGAGCAAAUCGAAACGAUCCAGCAUCUGGUGCGUCAGUUCGACGAUGCCCAGCGAGAGGUGGACACCCUCUACAACGAAUCCAAGUGCAACUUCGUUCAGGGGAAGCGACUUGUCGGAUGCACCACUACAGCGGCAGCGAUGUACAAGCCGCUCAUCAAAGCCGCUCGGCCGGAUGUCGUUCUCGUCGAAGAAGCUGGCGAGAUUCUCGAGGCCCAUGUGCUGACCGCCCUGCACUCAUCGACGAGCCAGGUAAUCUUGAUCGGUGACCACAAGCAGUUGCGUCCAAAGAUCAACAAUUACGCACUGAGCGUAGAGAAGGGGGAGGGGUUCGACCUCAACCGGUCUCUUUUCGAGAGAUUGAUUCUUCAGGAGCAUGAACACACGACGCUCCAGAAGCAACACCGAAUGCACCCCGAUAUCUCGGAUCUCGUUCGACAGAUGACAUACCCGCUAUUGAAGGACGAUGAUAAGACUCUCUUGCGGCCGGAAGCAAAAGGCUUGCAGGGAAGGGUUUGCUUCGUCAACCAUAGCCACCCAGAGGACCUCGCAAGCGGUAUCAACGAUCGACACGGUGGCGAGGUCUCUGCAAGCAAGAGAAAUCGUUUCGAAGCUCACAUGGUUCUCAAACUUGUUAAGUACCUGGGACAACAAGGGUACAAGACCAGCAACAUCGUCGUCCUUACCCCGUACAUCGGACAAGUCUCACUUCUCAGAGAGAUGUUGAGUAAAGAGGUUGACCCUGUGCUGAACGAUCUGGACUCCUUCGAGCUCAUCCGCGCUGGGCUGAUGACUGCUGCUGCGGCGAAGGUUAAAGAUGGGCCAGGCCAGAUCAAGCUGUCAACGAUUGACAAUUAUCAAGGAGAGGAGAGCGAUAUUGUGAUAGCAUCCAUGACCCGAAGCAACAAUAAUGGCGACAUAGGUUUCAUGAAGGCACCCGAACGACUGAACGUUCUAUGCUCCCGUGCCAGAGAAUGCCUGAUCAUGAUCGGCAACAUGGAGACAUUCAUGGCAUCCGCCCAGGGCAAGCCUGUCUGGUUGCCGUUCUUCGAGAUUCUCAAGGAGAAGGGGUACUUGUACGAUGGCGUACCCGUGCGCUGUCAACAGCACCCCGAGAAGACGGCUUUACUCAAGGACCCGAGUGAAUUCGACGCGAAAUGUGCCGAUGGUGGCUGUGACGAGAGUUGGGGCCAUGAUUACACCAUCAGCUGCAGCUCCAAGGAGGACGCGUGUCCAGCCUGCGUCAAGGAAGACGAGGACAACCGCAGGAGGAUCCGGCGAAACCUGGAAAUGGAGAAGGAGCGACUCCUAGCCCAGCAGCGAUAUGCCAAAGAGCUCCAAGUGAUCCAGGACGAGCUCGAUCAUGAGAGGCGAAAGCUUCAAUACGCGCAGGAGGACGACGACCAGAAGAGGAAGUUGAAGCAGGCUCAAGCUGAUCUCAAGGAUCUAAGGGACACUCGUUCUCGUGCGGAGGCCAUGAAGGCGGCACAAAAGGCCGCGCCAAAAGCUCCGGAUGCCGCGGUCAAUGGCGGAUCACCGCCACAACAAGCAGCCGUUGCGCCGGGGAGUGCCCAGGAAGAAUGGGAGCACAUGAAAUCGCAGUUUGGUGCUAGAAGUGACCCCUUGGACACGCUCAUGGGCAUGAUCGGGCUUGAGAGCGUCAAGCAAGAGUUCCUUUCUAUCAAGUCCAAGGUUGAUGUCUCUGUUCGUCAGCAGAUCUCCUUGUCAAAGGAGCGGUUUGGCUGCACCCUACUCGGAAACCCUGGCACUGGCAAGACGACUGUCGCCCGCAUAUACGGCCAGUUCUUGACAUCGGUUGGCGUUAUUGCUGGCUCCUGUUUCAAGGAGACGUCAGGGUCGAAGCUCGCCAACAUGGGAGUCACAGGCUGUGAGAAGUUGCUCGAGGAUGUCCUCAACACCGGUGGCGGAGUGGUCUUCAUCGACGAAGCAUACCAGCUCUCGUCCGGCAAUAGCCCCGGCGGCAAGGCCGUGCUCGAUUAUCUGCUCGCUGAAGUUGAGAAUCUCACCGGGAAGGUCGUCUUUGUCUUGGCCGGGUACAAUAAGCAAAUGGAGUCAUUCUUCGCGCACAACCCCGGAUUUCCAAGCCGCUUCCCGCUGGAAAUGAAGUUUGAGGACUACGAAGAUGCCGAGCUUCUGCAGAUUCUGACCCUACAGAUCAACAAGAAGUACGGAGGCCGGAUGAAGUGGCAGGACGAUCUUUAUCUCCGAGUGGCCACCCGCAGACUUGGCCUGGGCCGCGGAAAGGAGGGCUUCGGCAACGCCAGAGCAGUCGAGAAUUUACUCGCCAAGAUAAUGAGCCGCCAGGCGAACAGACUCCGCAAAGAGCGGCGGAAGGGAGCUCGCUCAGAUGAUCUCCUCUUCACCAUGGAAGAUCUGGUCGGACCCGAGCCCUCCAACGCCCUUACGACAAGCAAAGCCUGGGCGAAGCUGCAAGGUCUCAUUGGACUGAAAUCUGUCAAGCAGUCGGUCAAGGCGCUCGUUGACAGUCUGCAAACCAACUAUCGCCGGGAACUCGCCGAGGAGCCUAUCCUCGAGUACUCCUUGAACAAGGUAUUCCUCGGAUCCCCAGGAACGGGGAAGACGACGAUUGCCAAGCUUUACGGAGAGAUUCUCGUUGACAUUGGGAUGCUGUCGAAUGGUGAAGUGAUUGUGAAGAAUCCUUCAGACUUUGUUGGGGCGGUCAUAGGAGGCUCAGAAGUGCAAACGAAGGGCAUACUUGCAUCCACAGUGGGCAAAGUCCUGGUCAUCGACGAGGCUUACGGCCUGUUCAGCACCAACGGCAGCACCCCAUGCCCGUUCAAGACAGCUGUUGUCGAUACGAUUGUCGCCGAAGUCCAGAGCGUCCCGGGAGAAGAUCGGUGUGUCCUACUUCUUGGCUACAAGGAUCAAAUGGAAAAGAUGUUCCAAAACGUCAAUCCUGGCCUUAGCCGACGGUUCCCGAUUGAUUCCGCCUUCACGUUCGAGGACUUCACCAGUGAUGAGCUGCGCAAGAUUCUCGACAUGAAGAUCAAACAGCAGGGCUUCAAGGCCACGGAUCAGGCAAAGAGGGUGGCUAUGGAGAUGCUUGAGCGUGCGCGAAAUCGACCCAACUUUGGCAACGCUGGUGAGGUGGACAUUCUCCUGAACGAUGCGAAGACGCGCCACCAAACCCGGCUUUCAGCAAACGAGACAGGCCAGGUCUCUACCCUCGAAGCUCUGGACUUUGACGAGAACUUUGAUCGUGCUGAGCGCAAGCACACCAAUGUGGCCAAGCUCUUCGAGGGCACUAUAGGCUGCGAGAUGAUCGUGGCGAAGCUCGAAGGGUACCAGGAGGACGUUAGGUCCAUGAAGGCGCUUGGGAUGGACCCAAAGGAGAGCAUGCCCUUCAACUUCGUCUUCCGUGGACCACCUGGCACGGGCAAGACUUCGACAGCGAGGAAGAUGGGCAAAGUAUUCUACGAUAUGGGUUUCUUGGCGAGUGCCGAGGUGUUGGACUGCUCAGCGACGGAUCUUAUUGGCUCAUUUGUUGGACACACCGGUCCUAAGGUGCAGAAGCUUCUCGACAAGGCCCUUGGAAAGGUUCUCUUUGUGGAUGAGGCAUAUCGCCUCAAUCAAAGAGGCCACAAUAACUUUGCCAAGGAAGCCGUUGAUGAGAUAGUCGAUUGCGUGACUAAAGAGAAGUACAAGGGGCGCAUGGUUAUCAUCUUAGCCGGCUACGACGAUGAGAUCAAUGAGCUGCUGUCCAUCAACCCGGGAAUGUCUAGCAGAUUCCCGGAAUCCAUCGACUUCCAUCCUCUCACGCCAGAAAACUGCUUCGAUCUCCUUGUCAAGCUCCUACAGAAGCAGAAGCAGAGGACCGAGAGCAGGAAGCCGAUGAACAGCGUACUCCUGGCUUGUCUGGAGCAGCCGACCUUGACUUUCAAGAAGGAAAUAAUUGAGAAUUUUGGACGACUUUCCACCCAGGCCAGCUGGGCCAAUGCUCGGGAUGUGGAGAGUUUGGCCAAGUCCGUUUUCAGCUACGCACUAAAGGCUCUUCAGGGCACCUGCGUCACCAUCACGGAGACCAUAGUGCUGGACGAGAUGGGCAAAAUGUUCAAGGAGCGAGAAAGCCGCAACAGACAAGCGAAAAGGACCAAGUGCGGACAACAAAGUAGUCCGCCUAUAGCUCCUGCCAUGCCGCCUCCACAAGCUCCUCCAGCCUCAACCGCAAGUGGCACUGCGACGCAGCAGCAGCUACAUAAACUCCCGGAUCGCACUAAGGAUAAAGACACCGAAGCAGAGAAUACUGCAACAGCGAGUGAUAGCACCGGUUUGGGAGGCGUACAACGAGAUGCCGGGGUCAGUGAUGAAGUCUGGGAACAACUUGAACGCGACAAGAAGGCCCAGGAGCAGAAGGAGGGCAAGUAUCGCUCGAUGCUCAAGGCCCAGAAGGCAGCCUCUGGUGCCGCCAGAGACGCGAUCCUGAAACAGAUUCUUGAGGAAGAAGAGCGGCGGAAGAAGGAAGAGGAGCAGCGCAAGAAAGCGGCGAAACUGGGAAAAUGCCCCGCUGGAUAUGCCUGGAUCAAGCAGGCUCAGGGGUUCCGCCGUGCCGUCAACCCGGAGAUUCGAUUAAAAUCUGGGAUGCAGAUCCCUAUCACCUUUGUCGCGACCAUUCUUGCCUUCUCAGGCGCGGUAUCCGCGCUGCCGCAAGCCAUAACGGGAAAGGCUACUGACUUUGGAACCUACUUUUGCCAGACUCGCACCGAUGCCGGCAGCAAAAUUGUGGCCAACAACAACUUUUGCAAGGCAGCUGGUGGAGCAGUUUUGGUUUCGGAGGGUUUCUGCUGUAUCCGAAACAACAAUGUCAAGGUUCAACAGGCCAUGGCGAAGGGCUGCAACGACAACAAACUGGUCUUCAGCCAGAACGACGCUCCUUGCUCGCCUUGA